AGCCAGCAGCCCAGCACAAGGUUCCAGGGCUUGGCCCGUGUGAGCGUGGCGCCGCUACAGCUCGCCUUAGGCGGCACGACCCAUCCUCUAGAGACGAAGGGCGUUGCGAGCGAGACUAGGGUUUACACUCUCCGCCGCUGCGGACUAGGCUGAUCGAUCGAGCGGCGGCGAAGUUCCCCUCCUACGUUCUAUUCCCUAUCGCCGCUGUUACUACCUCCCAGCCGUGCUGAAGCUGAAUUCGCUUGAUGGAGGACCUACCAGAGGCUCUGGUGACAGAGAUUAUCAAGAAAAUCACUAGGACAAGUGAUCUGAAUUCUCUCUCCCUUGUGUCAAAGCAGCUCUACAAGACAGAGGGGAAUCAAAGGGGUGCUAUCCGUGUUGGUUCUGGUCUUUGCACUGCUACAGAAGCACUGACAUCAUUAUGUGCCCGGUUCCCAAAUUUGCGGAAAGUGGAAAUCGAUUACUCUGGUUGGAUACCUGGACAUGGCAAUCAGUUGGAUAACAAAGGCCUCUUUGUAUUUUCAUCUCAAUGUUCCUCGCUGAUUGACCUCACCUUAAGCUUCUGCUCAUACAUCGAUGACUCUGGGCUUGGUUGUUUAGCUUAUUGCAAGACAUUGGUGUCUCUCCGGCUGAUCUCUGCACCACAAAUAACAUCAAUUGGGCUUUUUUCGGUUGCAGUUGGUUGCACGGGUCUAUCUGCUCUCCACCUUAUUGAUUGCGAGAAAAUCGGCAGCGUAGAGUGGUUGGAAUACCUUGGUAUGGAUGGGUCGUUGUAUGAGCUUGUAGUGAAGAAUUGCGAAGGAAUCAAUCAUCAUGACCUCCUAAAGUUUGGUUCAGGUUGGAUGAAGCUCCAGAAGUUUGAGUUUGAGAAGAAAAGAAAAAGAUUUGAUCGUCUUCCAGGUGAUAAGGUCUAUGACCCCUUGUACGAUGCUCAUAGCAUGGAUAUAUAUGACUUUUGCUGCGAGAGUUUGAAGGAUUUAAGGUUGGCGCAUAUUGAAACUUGGCCAGAAAUAGGACUUCGUGUUGUCCUAGGGAAGUGUAAAGCAUUGGAGAACCUUUGCCUUCAGUAUGUCCGUGCCCUAAAUGACAAUGACAUAAUUGCAUUAUCCCGGAGCUGCAGCAACCUUAAAAGCAUCUCACUUUGGCUCAACCUUCAGCGCUACUAUAUUGACGACGGUUAUUGUGAAACCAGGAUGUCAUUUACUGAUAACUGCCUUUACGCUCUAGCCCAAAACUGUCGUAUGCUUCAGACCGUAGACCUCAAAUUUGAAGGAUGUUUUUCUGGCUGGCCAUCAGAAAUAGGAUUCACACAGAAGGGUUUUCUGGUGCUUAUUCAGUCCUGCCCAAUUCGUGUUCUCGUGCUAAACACCGCCAACUUCUUGGAUGACGAGGGGAUGAAGGCCCUCUCAUCCUCACCACAUCUGGAGACACUUGAGCUUAUAUUUUGUCCUGCUGUAACUGAUGCUGGGAUACGCUUCAUUGCGCAGAACUUAUGCUUGAGAAAUCUCACACUACGGGUGUGUCAUGGGGUGACUGAUGUUGGAGUGGCUGAACUGGGACGUGAACAUAUGUUAGAGUCUUUGGUCAUUGAGUAUUGUGGUGAAAUCUCUCUGCAAGCUGCGCAGGGUGUUGCUAAGUCGGUUCACUACUCCAGCGACUAUUCAGUGUUAGUUAAUCUAGUGUGCGAAAAUAUGUUGUAGAACCUGCGGACGCACCUCCCCCAUAUCUGACCUUCGAUUCUACAUCCGGAGCCGUCCACUACUUGUACAUUCCCACGUAGCAACUUCGCCUAUGUAUACCCGACGGUGUAUUUCUGCAUGUACCAGCCAAAGUACAGGGAAACAGUGUAAGACAGACAUGACGUCAGCGCCCUGGUAGGUGCAGCAAUUAACUUCCCU